AUGGAACCAUUUACCAGUAACUUCAGAAUUAACAUUUUCAAUUUUCAGGCACUUAAGUUCAAUUCAGGAAAACAUAUAGAGGAUAUGUAUGAACGAGAUAUCAAACAACGAGAAGGAAAUAAAUUGACAGAUUUGGUGUAUCCAACCUCGCUUAAUUUUGAAGAGAGCCUGUAUCAGCUCGAAUUCGACCCUAAUGACAUGAAACUAUACAAUGCAUUGCAAUCAUCUUUCCCGGAAAGCUUCCACUAUAUGGAAAGAGUGGAUGAGGACUCGUGGAGGAAGUAUGGUCAGAUGCGAAUCAACGUCUCACUUAUUGGGGUUAUUACAAGUGCAGUACGUGAGGGGAUGCCUGGCAAGAAAAGCCCCGUGGAGAGGGCUACAUAUGAUACUUCGAUGAUGUUGAUUGUGUCGUAUGUAUGGGAGCACAGGCAUAUGCAAGAUGCAAUGCGGAAGAACACAACUGUGGGGGUGGUGGUCAAUUUCUUGUGUUCGAAUUGA